CCCCCCCUGGCAGCUCGUCGCCUACUGGCCCGACGGCCCCAAGUCGCAAGCCCUCGGUCGCGAUUUUCUAUGCAAACCCCAUCCAGGCCAAUGGUCGCCACUGUCUGGUGCCAGCUUCACACCCUCUCACGCCUUUGUGAGAAUUUCAGGCGCCGCGAUUGGAGUUUCUCGAAAUGGCCGUUCAUCAAAUUCCUCUGCGCCACGUGUAUAAGAUUUUGCGGAGAGCCGGCAAACCUGAGGCUCUGCUUGCAGAGUCAUGAGGGUUCUUUGAUAUGAAGAGCUGAACGCCCGAGUGCUUUCCGUAUAAGUGGCUCCGACCAACCUGAGUGUUGGGGCUGCACAAUGUCAUGAGAUCAAGCCUAAACCACAUACUCUCACCUGUAUCCAACCACGUCAGCAACAAUAGGUUGUCAUGGAAGACAUUAAUACGUUCAACAGCUUGGGCACACUCAGUCAAGCCAACCAAAUCCUCCAGGGUCGCCUGGCAGUCCUCGGUGAAAGGAAAGACCUCCAUGAGCUCAAGGACAUCUUCGAACGCUAUGAUAUAGCGUCGGAAGUGGGACUCAGUCUCCUACAUAAACACUUUACAAUCGAAGAAGGGGAGAUGGUAGUUGAGUUUGGACAUGUGUCUACACCCUGGCCUGUGCCUCGCAGCGGCAAAGUGGCAGGCGGCCAUGUAGUCCCCAGGUCGUGGCGGUUCAUGAAUGGAAAGCUAGUGCCUUACGAAUUCGGCUUUAAUCAUCCUGCGCAGUCCGAGUAUAGGGAGUAUGACCUGCCGACGGGCUUUGUGGAAGAAGUGGCUACGUUCUUAGCCGACACCAACCUCGAAGAUGUUCUUGGUAUCUGCGCCAUUGGCAACGCUGAAAUUGAGGGUCGCAUUGAGCUGAAUAGAGGCCGAGUGAACUUUACUGUUCCUCCAAGCAAGCCCGAGGACAUGGACGUGAGAUUGGUACCAGAACACGCGCCGUCGGUGUGGGCAUUCGACUGCAAAACGGGAUUGAACGAUACAACCAUGACUCUCGCGCGAGUUUGCUGGGUUUGUCCUAAGCACUAACAAUAGCGCAUACCUGGAAGGAUUUGGCCAUUGUGGAUAUGUACACGCAAGCAUCAGGUGCUGUAGGAAAGGGGAACAAACUACAUACAUCUUGUGCACAGUAUAUAUACAAGACACUCUAUUGCAUUGUAUGUGUAGCUAUCCUAUUUGUUAUCCUAUUUGUACUGUAGAUGAUCCGACGCCUCCGAGCCGAGCUGGUAUGUGUUGCGUGUUAUUCUUCCCUUCCACUCUUGAGAGGGUUCGAACACAUUCGCAUACUAGGACCGACCGGGAAAAUGAAUAAAUAAAGAUCCCAAGAUAUAGUCUAGGAAUCUUUGUUUUCUCGCGCCGUCGACUUGGCGGCCGGCAGUCGGAUGCACAUAAGCGUCUUGGCACGAGAUGUUGCACAUGGCAGGUCCCGAAACCUACACAGUAUGUUGGUAAUUAUGUCUAUUGAUAGGUACAUGUAAGAUGGUAAGCAGAGAAUUCGAGGA